AUGUCGCAGCCGUUAAAGAACGUAUUAGUGAAAUUGAUUGUUAAUGCCGGUCAAGCAGCCCCAUCUCCACCAGUCGGUCCGGCUUUAGGUUCGAAAGGUAUUAAAGCCAUGGAUUUUUGUAAAGAAUUCAACGCCCGUACAGCAUCCUAUCAUCCAGGCACACCCAUCCCAGUGCUUAUUACGAUCAAGCCUGAUAGAUCAUUCAGUUUUGAAAUGAAGUCACCACCAACCGGCUAUCUUUUGUUGAAAGCAUUGGGUAAGGAGAAAGGAAUGGGCCAACCAAACGUUACAACUGCGAGUGGUACGGUUGGAGAACUUUCUUUGAAGCACAUUUAUGAAAUUGCCAAGAUAAAAAAAACUGAUGGCAGACACACAUCUUUGGAGAUGGAGGGCAUUGUAAAGUCAAUUGUAGGGGUAGCUAAGAGUAUGGGUAUCAAAGUAGUUCCUUAG